AUGCCUGGAAAUGAAAAUGUACUACCCGAGAAUAGCAUAUCUUUAAAUGAAACUCCAACAAUUUCCAACGAAAACACCUAUAAUGAUUUAUGUCUACCAAGUACUUCUAAUAUUGUUAAUAUGGAUCAGAGAAAAAAUUAUUACAUAUUAUCUCCCAUUCGAAGUAACAAAAGCAAUAUAGAUGAUUCCGAUGCCGAUCCAAAUUUUGAUGUCUCACCAGACAAAUUAUUACGACAGAAUUAUUAUACGACAGUGCAUCUGAGUCUACAAUUUCGAAUAUUGGAGAUAAUGGAGAAAAGAAAAGAAAAAAAGAGUCCAAAACCCGAGAAUUGGAAGAUGAAUGUAGCAAAAUAG